AUGUGGCCGGCAUGCCGUACCCCAUUCAUGUCGAAAAUCGAUUACUCCCUGCCGGACAUGCAGACAUUUACUUCUGAAUAUCUUCCCGAGAUAGCCCGAAACGUCGAGCCAUCGCCGACGGCCAGUCCGUCUACGUCCCCAAAGUCUCAAAAACGGACGGAAAACAAAUUGCCAGAAAUGGUGUCCAGUCCUUUCUACAAGCCAUCCGCCACGCCCGAUCUUGUUUCCCACGUGUCUUUUUUCGACAGGAAUAAUGAUGGGGUAAUCUUGCCUUGGGAAACAUAUGAAACGCUGCAUUCAGACCUUGGUAUUAACAGCAUUAUCUCUAUGGGAGCUACUGCUGUCUUGCAUCUUUGCAUGUCAUACGCUACAUCUGAUAGCUGGAUCCCUGACCCCUUUUUUGGGAUAACAGUUGCGAAUAUUAGCAGGUGCAGAUUGGGAUCCCAUUGUGGUGUCUAUGACAGCGACGGAAGAAUCGACGUAAAUGUGUUCGAGAAGCAGUUUGGAAGGCUGGAGUUGAAGGAUUAUUUCAAAUCUCCACAGGCUAAAUUGGCGGCGCCUCAUUCUCUUACUCCUCGUCUUACAUUGGCGGAUGCGUGGGAAAUCAGCGCGCAAAACGACAGCCUGCUCGAUGUGGCAGGCUGGGUUGUAGAUAAAGUGAUGUGGAUCCUUUUGGCAGUGCUCGAGAAUAACUCGAUCUCAAAAAGCUCCCUUCUCGACUGCUACAAAGGAAAUCCCUACUUUGAGGCAAAAAGGAAGCAACGAUCGACAGAAAAUCCCGGCUAA